CGCCCGGGGAGCGGGGCGCUCGCCCAGCCCCGGCCCGGCCCCGGCCCCGGCCCCGGCCCCGGCCCCUGCCCCCGGCCCUCGCCGCCGCCCGCCGCCGCCCGCAUCAUGCCGCCCCCCCGCCCGCACGCCACUCUCGCCCGGGGGCUGCCUCCUUUUCCGGCCCGCGGCGUGUGCGUGAGAGGGGCUUGAAGUUGCCCCGGCGGCGAGGCGGGGGGCCGGGGCGGCUGGUGGCGGCUGGUGGCGGCGGCAGGGGCGCGGCGGGGCGCGGCGGGGCGCGGAGCGGAGCCCACCCCCAUCACCUGUUACCUCCGCUCCCCAGGUUGCCUGAAGUUCCCCGGCGGCGCCCGGCAGGACGGGGAGCGCCGCGGCUCCGGCUCGCAGGGACCCUACAGUGGCUGCUGCAGCAUGGGCUGGCUCAGGGGGAUUGCCUUGCUUUCCUUGGGAGUAUUACUAGCAGGAAGAGUGAACUGCCAGCAUGUGAAGAAUAACGUGCCGAGGCUCAAAUUAUCCUAUAAAGAAAUGUUGGAAUCCAACAAUAUAAUCAAUUUCAAUGGACUAGCUAAUAGCUCCAGUUACCAUACUUUCCUCUUGGAUGAAGAACGGAGUCGGCUGUAUGUUGGAGCAAAGGAUCACAUAUUUUCUUUCAACCUGGUUAACAUCAAGGAAUAUCAAAAGAUUGUUUGGCCUGUAUCUCAUUCCCGACGGGAUGAGUGCAAGUGGGCUGGAAAAGAUAUUCUGAGAGAAUGUGCUAAUUUCAUCAAGGUGCUUAAGGCUUACAACCAAACCCACUUGUACGCUUGCGGAACAGGGGCUUUUCAUCCAGUCUGCACCUAUAUUGAAGUUGGAAGCCAUCCUGAGGACAACAUUUUUAGAAUGGAAGAUUCACAUUUUGAAAAUGGCCGAGGGAAAAGCCCUUAUGAUCCUAAACUGCUGACAGCUUCUCUUUUAGUAGAUGGAGAACUGUACUCUGGCACAGCGGCAGACUUCAUGGGCAGGGACUUUGCCAUUUUCCGAACUCUGGGGCAUCACCAUCCAAUCAGAACAGAGCAGCAUGACUCCCGGUGGCUAAAUGAUCCUAGAUUUAUUAGUGCUCACCUGAUACCAGAGAGCGACAAUCCAGAAGAUGACAAAAUCUAUUUCUUCUUCCGUGAAAAUGCAAUUGAUGGAGAGCACACCGGAAAAGCCACUCAUGCCCGAAUAGGGCAGAUCUGCAAGAAUGACUUUGGUGGACACAGGAGCCUUGUUAACAAAUGGACAACUUUCCUCAAAGCGCGUCUGAUUUGUUCUGUGCCAGGACCCAAUGGCAUUGACACACACUUUGAUGAACUACAGGAUGUGUUCCUAAUGAACUCAAAAGACCCUAAAAAUCCAAUAGUCUAUGGAGUGUUUACAACUUCCAGUAAUAUCUUCAAGGGGUCAGCAGUGUGCAUGUACAGCAUGACAGACGUGAGGAGGGUAUUUCUUGGUCCCUAUGCCCACCGAGAUGGCCCAAACUACCAGUGGGUUCCCUACCAAGGGCGAGUGCCAUAUCCACGGCCAGGAACUUGUCCUAGUAAAACAUUUGGAGGCUUUGAUUCCACCAAGGACCUUCCUGAUGAAGUUAUAACAUUUGCAAGAAGUCAUCCAGCCAUGUACAACCCGGUAUUCCCCAUCAACAACCGUCCAAUCAUGAUCAAAACGGACGUGGAUUACCAGUUCACACAGAUAGUAGUAGAUCGAGUAGAUGCAGAAGACGGCCAAUACGAUGUGAUGUUCAUUGGCACAGAUAUUGGAACAGUUCUUAAAGUGGUUUCAAUUCCUAAGGAGACUUGGCAUGACUUAGAGGAAGUCUUGCUGGAAGAAAUGACAGUCUUUCGGGAACCCACUGUUAUUUCAGCAAUGAAGAUUUCCACAAAACAGCAACAGCUCUACAUUGGCUCAGCCACUGGAGUUUCACAGCUUCCUUUACACCGCUGUGAUGUGUAUGGAAAAGCAUGUGCCGAGUGUUGCCUUGCGAGAGACCCUUACUGUGCCUGGGAUGGUUCAUCUUGCUCACGUUACUUCCCCACUGCUAAGAGACGUACUAGACGACAAGACAUCCGAAAUGGAGACCCACUUACCCACUGCUCAGACCUGCAGCAUCACGAUAACCCAAGUGGUCAGACCCUGGAGGAAAAGAUCAUCUAUGGAGUAGAGAAUAGCAGCACUUUUCUCGAGUGCAGCCCAAAAUCUCAGCGUGCCGUAGUCUACUGGCAAUUCCAGAAGCAAAAUGAUGACCGCAAAGAAGAGAUAAAAGUGGAUGAUCGCAUGAUCCGGACAGAACAGGGCCUAUUGCUACGAAGUCUUCAACGGAGAGACUCUGGUAUUUAUUUUUGUCAUGCUGUGGAGCAUGGCUUCAUGCAAACUUUGCUCAAAGUGACCCUGGAAGUAAUUGAUACUGACCACCUGGAAGAGCUGCUCCAUAAAGAAGAAGAUGGUGAUGCCUCCAAGACCAAGGAUGCUACCAAUAGCAUGACCCCCAGUCAAAAGAUCUGGUACAGAGACUUCAUGCAGUUAAUCAAUCACCCCAAUCUCAACACAAUGGAUGAGUUCUGUGAGCAAGUUUGGAAAAGAGACCGCAAACAACGCCGGCAAAGGCCUGCCAAUGCGCAGGUGAAUACAAAUAAGUGGAAGCACCUACAAGAGAAUAAAAAAGGUAGGAACAGGAGGACCCAUGAAUUUGAGAGGGCACCACGUAGUGUCUGAGCUACAUUACCUCUAGGAACCUCAUCCAAGUAGAAACUUGUAUAGACAGAUAACUGGAAAAAAAUGCAAUAUUCAUGAACUUUUUCAUGGCAUUAUGUGGAUGUUUACAAGAGUGGAAAGUUCAAACAAUUUCCACCAGGUUUAAAUAAAAUCCAUUUCUAACUUUCCUAGUAAGUCCUUCGUCUCUGCUCUGAUUCUAAGACCAGAAAGACCAGAGUUUCAAGGAUGAUAACUCACCCGGACCUAGCUUACUGCUCAAAAAGUUCUGCAAGAGUUCAGCAGGCAAGUUGUGCUUUCUCUUUUGCCUGAGAUAUAAACAAAAUGCUGUAUUUCAUGCUGUCAUCUUAAAGAAAAGAAAAAUCCCACCUUUCAUCAGCAGCACUACCAUUUCUAGACUUAUAUAUAAAACUGCAUGAACUCAUUAAGCUGAUGAACGUCUAAACACGUGAUUGGACACAAGGAUUUUGUUCUUGUUUUGUCUACCAGUUCUCCUGUUUAUGUGUGCUAGAAGAGGAAAAACAAUACUGAGUGAGAUUGUUUGUGGAAAUCUGAACAACAUAAGCCAUCCACCAUCUGGAAGAACAAAAAUUGUGGAGUACACUGGCCUACUACUGAUGACUUCUUUCAGCUUUGAUCUAAAGAUGUAUUUUAUUAAAACUAUAAUUUAAAUGUACUAUGAAAAAUAUGCAGCAAACAUUAGCUCUUUUCUAAAAUAGAUUAGACUUUUUGUCUUAGAAAUAUUGUACUUUCUAAUUAUUGGUUUAGAGGAAAAAAAAGACAACUUCCAAUUAUGAGCUGCUUUCCUCUUUUGUUUGGAAAAAUCUUUCAGGGGAGCUAGUCACACUGCAGUUAACCUCCUCCCCUCUCAGUAAUCUAUAUGACAUGUAACUUCAAAACAAGUUUAAAACUAAGCUAUUUUAACACGAAAGUCGCUGUAUAGCAUGGAAGUCUUCUGCAUUCUUUUUUUCUAAGUAUGGUAUUUUAAAUGAUUCAACUUGUAUAAUACCUUGCUAUAGAUUGAACCAAUGAAGAGGAGAACAUUGAUUUUCAGUUGUACAUUUUUUUUUUUUAUUAAAAAAAAAGUAAAUAGCAUUAAAAUACCCUCUACUAAUUACACUCUUGCUUUCUCGGUUCGUAAAUAUUUGUGAAGGCUAAUAUUUAAAUACUGUGGCUCAUAGACAGUCAUAUAUCCAUGAGCAAAGCUCACAUUCAGUUUAAGGAGUUUUGUUCCCAGCUCAGUGCUAGAAAUAUGUCCACACUACUGAUUCGCAGUGUUCCAUUCUUUCUGUGGGCCAGGUCACCCAAAUGCAAAGAACCAACCGUAGGCCACGUAAAUAGUAACCUUAAAGCCAACGCUCUGUUUUAAGAUCUAAGGGACAGUUUUAUCUGAGGGUGAAGUCUGCUGCCGUAGUAAAUUGGUGAAGUUCAGCUUAAGGCUAGUUUAUAUUAACAGAUAAUUUGGUCCCGCACUUCUGUCUUAUUCUAUGUACAGGAGAGCAACAGGGUAAAACAGACAAUGUACUUGCACCAUACGUGUCAGUUUAGGGUUAUAAGUAAUGGAUUUAUUCACCUCAGCACAGACGUGCCUUUGGUCCCCAGUUCUAUGGUGUCCAGUUCUUUUGAGGUCAUCUUUCUCCAGCCUCCCAUAUUUUUUCUUGGUAGAGUCCAUAAGUGACAUAAUUUCAGGUAAUGUCAUUGUGGGGAAAAUUGCUAGAACAAAGUCCUUAGUUUGCUAAAGGAGCUUUUAUAUAAAAGUGUGUCUGUAUUGAUGACUGAUCUGUUUUGUUGUUAUUCACUCCAGAUUAUUUAAUUUAUCAUCCUACACUAUCAGCCUCAUCAGAUACAGUAUAACACAACUGCUGUGACAGCAUCUCUCACAAUAUGUCCCAGUCUCCUUGCCCCUCACUAAUUCAAGUAUCCUUCUGAUUAGUGAAGCCUUGGCUUCUUGCCUCCAUAGCGAUUGGGUUUUCACUAACGGCCCAGUCACUUUAGUGUGCUUUGAAUCUUUUACAGGGGAUGAACUUGCAAGAUAUUUCGUCAUUAAUUCUUUAGCAAAAAAUCCAUUGAAUAGACCAGGACAAGGCUGUAAGGACAUGAUUUAGGAAAGCACUUGGGAAUUUAGUUUUAAAGCAAUUUUAGGUCUCUCAUGUUUAACCUGACUGUUGUGAAGUUUAAUAUGCCAUUAAAUUCCCAUGCUUUCAUGAUGCGCUGAAUAGGGAUGAAUUAAAACAUAGGUUUAACUAUGUUCUUUCUUGUACAGAAAUAUUAAUUUUCAGCUCAAAUCAUGAUUAAUUUCUGAGCAUUGUUUUCAGCUGAAUUAUUUAAUUGUAAUCACAGAACACCCUUUAGCCUUUUGUGUAAGGCUAUUGUAUACCCUUGAGUCAUUAGAAUCCUCUUUGUUACAAAAGGAAACAGUUUUAAAAUGAACCUCAGAGAAUUCAGUGGGAAAAAUACAGAUUGAUUUUAACCUACCCUAAAAGACUUUCUUUCCUUUUUUACAUAUUAAUGGAAUUGUUAUCUACCUUUUUUUUUUUUCUCUACCACGUUCAUAGCAACUGGUUCUAUAGCAACUUGCUGCAAAAAAUCAAACCAAAACCAACCUCUUUCACCACCCCUGAAGACGAAACAGAUUAAAUUAAGUCAGGAUUCUAAAAUAUGUUUUUCUAUAAAGAGAAAGAUAAUCUGUGGGAAGAACAUUACACAAGUUGCAAUGUUUUUACCAUAACCUGGCAGUCUGAUUGGGCAAUUGAUACGAUCAGAUCUUACAAAUUUCAAUCUAAUCCUUACUGUUAUGAGUAGUCUUGUUUAUAUCUUUGUAUUUGCUUAUAUAAAUAAAAGGGCAGAAGAUCAAGCCAGCAGUGGAAUUUUUUUUUUUUUAUUUUCGGGUUCAUAUUAUGGUCAAGUUAAAACAGCAUUUAAUACUGAUGUGAAAUGAACUUUUUUCAAAGAACAUAAGCCUUAAUGAAUUCAUGUAUAGAAAGAUGCCCUGCAGCUUCAGUAAAAUUCAUAUCCCCAUUUGUGUCAUUAUUGUUUAAAGCAACUUAAGGUUUGAAGAUAAAGGUAAAAAUGGUAUUUCUGUAAAUCAUCAAUAAAACCCUCUAAACCUCUAGUUACAGACUUUAGAAAAAGUUAGUAAAAAGUUGUUUUUAAGCUGGAGAGAAAUAAAGGAUUUCCUUUAUAAUCAGAAAGAUCUAUUUUGAUUUGUUUUAAGAUAUCCAUUUGCAAGGAACAAAAAUGCAUUGAAUCCUUUUCUUACUCAUCUACACUUUGCACUUGCAUGGAUCACUGAAGAUGGGAAUUUGUUCAAUGGCUCCUAAAAACUGUAUGGUUAUGUUAAACUACAGCAUCAAACUGCGAAAAUGUGCAUCUUUGCAGAACAGAGUUAAAUCGUCAUGACCCAAUGAAGUCACUAUGUAAAAAAAAUAAAAUUAAAUUAAAUGCAUGUGAAUGCGCAUUUACUGAUCCUUUUUAUGUAUUAUUUAGUGAAUAUCAAUGGUAUGUGUUUAAUAGUUCAGUUUUUGCUACCUACACAUUAGCCAAAAGAGAUGUAAAUACUUUUGACUAGAUAAGGAGGUACAGUGUAAAGUACUGUUAUCUAGAGGUACUCCAUUUUGGUGUGUUCAGCAUAAUACUAAAAUGCAAGAUUUUGCCACACAGGUGAUAAGGUGGUUUAUUUGCUAUAUCAGUGCCCAAGUUAUGCGCUUAUUCUGUAAGCGCAUUCCUCACUGGAUAGUAAAUAAUUCUACUUCUGUAUUUAUCACUUCAAUUCAGAUGGGAACUAGAAAACUGGAGAGAAAAAAAUGUAAUGAAACUGCUGCUGUAAAUUAUUUCUUUUAGCAUGUAUU